UCUCUCUCCUCUCUUUCCCCCAAUUCUCAAUCAUCUUCUGUUCGAUGUGUACCAGGGUGUCCCGUGUACCAGUGAUAACCGUUCUUAUCCCUCAGAGUUGCCGACUUAGCUAUUGACUUGGAGUGUUGGAAACUGAACAGAGACAGAACUCUGCUCCAAAAACCCUACACUGAUUCUCACUCUCAAUUAUCCUCAAUUUUCGUCACUUCCAAUGCGCUGUGUCUGCUAUUCUUACUGAACUAACCGAUGGAUCAGUCUCCGCUCGUUCCAGCUGAGGUGCCGGAUUUCAUUGGCGGCGGCGGCAGCAGCAGCAACACGAGGAACGUUUCCAUGGUGAACGGUUACAUUGUUUACACCAGAGCUAAUAGGGGAAACCGGAAUUUAUGUAACGAAAUUUCCAAUACCAAUGAAUCUACGAAGUUCAGGAUUCGCGAAGACGUAGAACCGAAUGCCAAGCUUCCAAUGAAAGAAAAUAACGGAAAAAAAAUUUUGGCGGGAAAGGAGAACGAGUGUUCCGAACCGAAACUCAAGCUCAGCGUUUCAAUGGUUAGGCCAUUUAAGCGGUUUACACGACGGUCGGCGGCACUGGAAGGGAAAGUCGUUUCGAAUGAUGAUGGUGGAGAGGUGAGCGGGAUAUCGAGGAACAAGUUGGAAAUGAAGAUGUCGAAGAAGAUUGUGGUCAACAAGACGCCCAUGACGGUGAAGGAGCUCUUCCACACUGGUCUUCUUGAUGGGGUCUCGGUGGUUUACAUGGGCGGUAUUAAGAAGGCUUCAGGAUUACGGGGUGUUAUCAGAAAUCUAGGAAUAUUGUGCUCAUGCUCUCUGUGCAAUGAACGCAGGAUUAUUCCGCCUUCCAAAUUCGAGGUCCAUGCUUGUGGACAAUACAGGAGAGCAGCAGAGUAUAUCUGCCUUGAAAAUGGGAAGAGCUUGCUUGAUCUAUUGAGAACGUGCAGGGGAGUUCCUCUGUAUGAUUUGGAGGCGACAGUUCAAAACUUUCUUGGUUCUCCGCAUGAAGAAAAACAUUUUACUUGUAAAAGAUGCAAAGGGUGUUUCCCUUUCUCAUGUGCGGGAAGAGUGGGGCCCAUAUGCUGUUAUUGUGUUGAAUCGAGGAAAUCUGAAGACAGUUCUGAUAACGCUGUUAGCAAGAGAGUCAGGUCCCCCAGACCAAUGUCUGUCUCCAAUCCAUCCAAUGCUCCUGAGCUGUCUAUUGCUUCAGAAAAUAAAAGAAAAAGGAAGAAAAGAACAAAGUCAUCAAAAUGGGCUAACAAGUCGAAGUCUUCCAAGAGUGCUUCUAUUCCUAUUCUACCAAAGAUGACGACUUCAUGGAAAAUGAGAAAGAAGAAGCUGUCAGGAAACUCAAAGAUUCUGGAAGUUACUUCAAAUGCAAAGUAUUUAUCCCCACAAAAUAAGAGCAAAUGGAAAAUAACUAAGAAGGAUCAGCGGUUGCAUAAGUUAGUUUUUGAAGAGAAUGGAUUACCUGAUGGAACUGAAGUUGGUUAUUAUGCCCGUGGGAAGAGAUUGCUUGAAGGCUUUAAAAUGGGCUCUGGAAUUGUUUGCAGAUGCUGCGACUCUGAGGUCAGCCCUUCACAGUUUGAGGCCCAUGCAGGUUGCGCUUCUCGCAAGAAACCUUAUGCUUACAUUUAUACAUCAAAUGGUGUAUCUCUCCAUGAGUUAGCAAUAUCUCUCUCCAAAGAUCGAAAAUAUUUGGCAACAGACGAUGAUCUAUGCAUUGUUUGUUGGGAUGGUGGAAAUUUGUUGCUUUGUGAUGGAUGCCCAAGAGCAUUUCAUAAAGAAUGUGCAUCUCUAUCAAGUAUUCCACGCGGUGACUGGUACUGUGAAUUUUGCCAAAACAUGUUUCAGAGAGAGAAGUUUGUGGCGUACAAUUCCAAUGCUGUUGCAGCUGGAAGGGUUGAAGGAGUUGAUCCUAUCCAAGAGAUAACAAACAGAUGCAUACGCAUAGUCAAAGAUGUUGAAGCUGACCUUGGUGCAUGUGCUUUAUGCAGAGGUGUUGACUUCAGCAGAUCCGGCUUUGGCCCACGCACCAUAAUACUAUGUGACCAGUGUGAAAAGGAAUAUCAUGUUGGCUGUUUGAGGGAACAUAAGAUGGCAUAUUUGAAGGAAUUGCCAGUGGGGAAGUGGCUUUGUUGUAAUGAUUGUACAAGAAUACAUUCUACUUUGGAGAACCUUCUGGCCAUGGGUGCUGAGAGACUCCCUGAAUCUCUACUGGGCAUUAUAAAGAAAAAGCAAGAGGAGAAAGGACUGGAACCCCUCAAUGAUAUUGACAUAAGAUGGAAGCUUCUUAAUGGCAAAAUUGCUUCUCGUGAAACCAGGCCAUUGCUUUUGGAGGCUGUUUCAAUCUUCCACGAAUGUUUCAGUCCCAUAGUUGAUGCAAUUAGUGGACGGGACUUUAUUCCAGCCAUGGUUUAUGGAAGGAAUGUUCGGGGGCAGGAGUUUGGAGGAAUGUAUUGUGCAGUAUUAACGGUCAAUUCAUAUGUGGUAUCUGUGGGCAUGCUUCGAAUUUUUGGCAAAGAUAUUGCCGAACUCCCCUUGGUUGCAACCACUAACAAGGACCACGGAAAGGGUUACUUCCAAACACUCUUCUCUUGCAUUGAGAGGCUGCUUUCUUUCUUGAAUGUGAAGAACCUUGUGCUACCAGCUGCAGAAGAAGCAGAAUCGAUAUGGACAGAUAAAUUUGGAUUUAGCAAGAUGAUACCAGACCAGCUUAUCAGCUACAGAAAGAAUUGCCAUCAGAUGGUGACAUUCAAAGGUACAAAUAUGCUUCAUAAAACGGUGCCUCCCUGCCGGAUCAUCCACAAUCAAUCAUGGCAAUCUGAUAUUUAAAAGUCAAAUAUGAAAAGAGAAAACCCCUUUGCUUUUGCGUUUCAUUUUUCACAUUCUGCUGUUUUUGUACAUGUAUCAUGAUCCCUUUCCUGCCCAUUGAUUCAUAAAAUAUUCAUAAUUUAUGGUGAUACGGUUCCUAACUCCUAACUCCCAAGUCCUAACGUAGUUUUGUUCCCAAGUUUAGCAAACACAAGUUCCUUAUCUUGAUCAUGACUAUCACCCCUUUUUGUCAUUCUUCCAAUCACAGAAAAUAUUAGCAAUGGGGAAACACUAUCCAAACUGAUAAUAUACGAUGCAGGUUAUAUAAUGAGCAGCUUUUUCUUUUAUGAUUCAGAA